AACAGGAAGGAGUGUGUCUCGGUGCCAAAUGGGAAAAGAACCCAGCAUAGUUAUGUGACCACUCUUAAUGCUGGAGCUCACUAUCACUGAAACACUUGCUCCGUCAUUGCUCCGGCACAGCAAGGACUCAGCAUUCCACCUCAGUGUUCAGUCAACGAGCUGCAAAUGCCUCAAGAGGUUAAAUUGCACUCCUAAUAAUCCAGAGUUCUGAAAAGCUGAUGGAAUUUGAGAGCCGAUUACCCACUUUACCCCACUGCAGCAAUGAGACCACUUUAACAUCUUUUUUUUUUAAAGGAUUCCUUUCUGGAAAACUUUUAUUUGAAUUUUGUGUUGUUUUAAUGAAGACCUACACUUUGUGAGACAGUAUUUUUUAUUGUAUUUAGUUGAUAUUUUAUGUAACAAGAGAAGACUAACCCUGCAGGUGCUAGAACAAGUUACUGUUUUUUUUGCACAUCCAGUUCUUAAGGAAAACUACCAACAAAGGGAUCUACUGCCAUUAAAAUCAAGUCACCUUGUGGAGUUCUGGUUGCACAAAUAUGGGGUUUGGUGACCUCCUAGAGCAGGUGGGGGGCACAGGACGGUUCCAGAUCGUGCAUAUGAUCCUUCUCUGCAUGCCUGUCCUGAUGAUGGCCAGUCACAACCUGCUGCAGAACUUUGUGGCCGCGGUGCCUCCUCACUUCUGCAGCGCACAGAAAAACCUCUCUCAGUCCCAGCUGAGCCCAGAGGAAACACUGCUGGUUACAGUGCCGCUGGACCACAAAGGGAACCCCGAGAGAUGCAUGCGUUACGUUGCUCCACAGUGGUACAUUCUGAAUAAGAAUGGGACUUCCAGCUCAGGGCAGGAGGGCGACACUAAGGAUGUUUCGGAGGUCGACCUGCAGGGAUGCACAGACGGAUGGUCCUAUAACAUGACUGUGAUGAGAUCAACCAUCAUAUCUGACUGGCAUUUGGUGUGUGAUCAACGCUCUCUGAAGCAAAUGGGACAAACAGUCUACAUGGGAGGCGUGCUUUUGGGAGCUGCAGUCUUUGGAAGUCUGUCAGACAGAUACGGUCGACGCAUCCUCCUGCUCAUCUCAAACCUGCUGAUGGCAGUGGCGGGAACAUGUACUGCUUUCUCUACCUCCUUCUCCCUCUUCUGCCUGUUCCGCUUUGGUUGUGGCAUGGCUCUGUCUGGGUUGGGGCUCAACACCUUCUCGCUCAUUGUGGAGUGGAUUCCGACUAGAGUGCGAACUGUGAUGGGGACAAUAACAGGUUACAGUUACACAGUGGGGCAGUUGCUCCUGGCACUCAUAGCCUACUUCAUCCGGGACUGGAGGUGGUUAACCCUGGCUGUGUCUUUGCCCUUCUACGUCUUCUUCCUCAUUGCAUGGUGGUUUCAUGAAUCUUCAAGAUGGUUAGCGCUGAGCAAUAAGCCCGAAGCAGCCGUCAAGAACCUCAAAAGUGUGGCAAGAUUUAACGGACUGCACGAAGAGGGAGAAAAAAUCACCGUCAAGAUGCUGCAGGAGUCCAUGAAGAAAGAGAUGUCCUGUGUGCAGGGCUCCUACUCUGUUCUGGAUCUGUUCCGCACCCCCACAAUGAGGUCCAUGACAAUCUGCCUCAGUGCUGUCUGGUUAUCAACCAGCUUUGCCUACUACGGUCUUGCUAUGGAUCUGCAAAAGUUCGGGGUGGACAUCUACUUAAUCCAAGUAAUCUUUGGAGCUGUUGACAUCCCUGCUAAAGUGGUCGUAACUGUGUCCAUGAGUUUUAUUGGACGGCGACCAUCACAAAGUGGCGCUCUAAUCAUUGCUGGAAUCAUGAUUCUGAUCAACUUGCUGGUACCUUAUGAUAAACAGAUGGCACGCACCUGUCUGGCUGUAAUGGGUAAAGGUUGCCUUGCUGCCUCCUUCAACUGCUGCUACCUUUACUCUGGAGAACUCUACCCAACCAUCAUUCGUCAGAAUGGCAUGGGCUGGGUAUCCAUGAUGGCCCGAAUAGGAGCCAUGGUGGCCCCCAUGGUGCUUCUGACGGCCGACUACGUACCUUGGCUUCCAGGGUUAAUCUACGGGGGAGCUCCGAUUCUCAGCGGAGUAGCUGCAAUAUUUCUUCCAGAAACACUUGGCUCACCCCUUCCUGACACAAUACAAGACGUGGAGGACAGGGGAUCUGGGAGAGGCUCCAAAAUGCCACCAAAGGAAACAAUAAUCCUGCAAGACACCGAGGCGAAUCUCCUUAAGCAGGCUGCCUGAGGGCAUCUGUAUUGUACUGUUGAUGUUUUUGCUGACACGUUAAAGAAAGUUGAGUGGGUACUGCUUUUUGCUAUUUGAUUAGCAUAAUACGUUUAUUGUGUGGUUUGACUGCUGGACAAUUGUAGUUACAAUGUUAUUUUUUGGACAGGUCAAUACAGUGAAAUGAAAAGCUGCAAACAAUCAGACCUUUGUUUAUUUGUUAUACAGUAACUUCGAGGGCUUUAUUCUGGACAUGGACAGACUUUUAAUAUCUGUGUUUAUAUAUAAAGCCUUCUUCAGGUCACACACUAUGCUAUGCCUUCACUGGUAUUUUUAGCCUGUGUUUGUAAAGAAAAUGUAUUUUCAUGAAGAGUUCCAUGAUGUCCUCUGCAACAUUAAAAAAUAUUUUAGUUACUGCCUUUUAGAAUAUCUCUGGAAGACUGAAGUUCAGUGACUCACCUUCACAAAUGUAGCUUUAUGUUUCCGGCAAGGGCUGUGUUGCCAUAGUGACCCUUUAAGGAGCUUUGUGAUCAAACCUGCAACAACAGUAUUUUUAUAGAGACUUUAAUUAAACUAAAAAAUACAACA